ACGUUAAUAUGAUAAAAUUUGUCAAAAGACUUGAAAAAAAAACAUUCAUGUUAUAGUAAUUUUGUCAGUAAAGUUCCUACCAUUGGCAAAAAAAAAAUCGAAAGCUUCACAAAUAUUUGUAUCAUAUUCGUAAAUCUGUGUAGCCGAGCUAAAAAAAUCGUAAAACAGUCACCAUAAAAAAAUCACCUUCGCAUUCCUAAACCGUCUAAAAAGUAAUUUGGCAUUAUAAUAUCACUUAGCAACUAUACAAAUCCCAGGCAGCCUGCAUAGGACUAGGGGGCCCUAUGUGCAUUGUAUGUACAUAAUAGAGGGUCCGAGGGGUGAGCCCCACCCUGCCGGUCUGAUCCCCCACGCUACCCCUCCCCCCGUUCCCCUUGUAAGCGUCUCUAUAAAGGGGGCCCCCGCGCCGCUAGCCGCCCAGUUUCAUCUUCGCCGCGGUACCGAACAGUCAUUGGUAAUUCGCUCCGUCCACCAGUAUGAGUCCCCGGGGCUCCACUUGGUUGAGAAUUAUUUAGAAUCAGUGUUUUGAAAACUUAGUUGAAUUCCUGUUUCACUCCAUCAGGAUGCGACCCCGUUCUCGUCGCGUGUUGGCCCAGCGCAAGUUCGCACAGAACGCCUACGUCCCGCCGAGCACGGCACCCGCGCCUCCUGCCAACGGCGACCGUCGAGACAACAAUCCCGAGGAACGCGGCAACAUCAUCGUCAGACACCAAGUGGGGCCCACGGAAUUGGUCGACUUCAUAUCACAUCAAGCAUUAGAAUCACAUCAUCACACAAAUUUACAGCCACGUGUUAUAAUACCCAGGCUAGACGAUCUCAUACUAAAAAGUACAACUAUACGAAUUAAGACUAGAAGAUCAGAGCUUACUAGAAACCGAGAGCUUGCCAGAAGUAGAGAAGUAGAUAGACAUACACACAAUGACAGGACCGGGGAAACUAAUAGGAGAGAAAGAGAAACGACCAACACAGAGACUACAAACAACAACACCGGUAGAAACAAAGAAAGUAACAAAAAUAAAUCUGUUACUUUUAGCAAAGAUAUUAUUAAGAACAAAAAUAAUUCCCGGCCAAGCGACGGCGUUACUACAUAUGUAGUUAGAAAAGAUUUAAAUACCGACAAAGAAGUAAAAAAGAAAGAUGCCAAAACAAGACCGAUUGAUAAGAAUAAGAAAAGUCAUGCGCCUCAAGAGAAGCCGAAACCGGAGAAGCCACUGCUAUCACAGAAGUCCAAGGCGACCAAACCCGUGCAUGUCAUGUCACUACGGUCAAAACGACAAAGCAAACACGAGUUCAAGAAGAAAAAUGCGGUGAGCCGCGUUACUACAAGGCUAGCGGCGGCCAAGCGUCACAUCGCCAGUGUGCUACAGGGCCCGAGCAAAUCCGGAAAGAAGAGCAACGAUGUGGCUAAAUCAUCGAUGCGUACCUACACUCCCCAGCCCUCUUCAGAGUUCUCCCUCGAGGAUAACAGGCCCCUGACUUACUUCGCCAAGAACAGCACUCCGAAGCGGGUGCCAGCCACUUCGCCUGCAACCCGCGUCGCAAUAGUAACUCCCUACAAUGCAGCAGCAGAACCAGAAGCUGGUCCAAGUGGAAUAAGUAAAAAGAAAAAUAAGACACGAUCUUCUAAAACUAAAAGCAACCCAUAUGUAUUAAUACCCAAUAUCACUCCGCGUCCGGUGUCUGAUGCAGUGGCAGGAACUGAAAAGCAACCGGAUACUAAUAGUGCUGCGAAGGCAUUCUACAGCGAACCUAAUAUUUAUCGUUGGAUGAACAGCUCCUUAGACGAUGAACAAAAAUCGAAACCGAGUAAGAGCAAACCUAAACGUUGGUCUUCGGUAGAGUUUUCGUGCCCUGCUCUGCUAUGGCACACCGUCAAGGAGCUUAACAACGCCGAAAAAGCUCAGCUUGAAUCUCGCUGCUUCAAUUGCAAAUCCUGCAGCAGAAUCGCAAAGCUCAUGAGGAUAUCUGCAACUCUGUUAUCUCAUAAGUUUGUUGUAUCUGAUGAUGGAGAUCAAACCCCUGAUCCUAAUAAACAGGACGAUAAUGUAUCAACCGACGGAACUAUUUACAUGGAGAUGCUACCAAAAAUGCCAAGCUCAAUGAUGAAAAUACGAACCCAUAAUGUUCAUGGCAAAAAGUUACUUUCGACUUCUAUGAUACCAAGGUCAGAGGCACGACAGACCACGGAUAUAUCGUUAGAAGAGCAAGAGGUUCUGCUCGAUCGACUAAAUGAAACAUUAACUGCAAGUGCACAGGCUGCUGAAAGUUCCGGCAGAGUGGUUAUGGAAUCAGACUGGGAAACAGACUGUUCGGCGGAUGAUCCUCCUCCAAAACGCAAUUUUAAUACGAAGCGACAGCGCCGCCAAUCAGUGUGCGCUGAACUGGUCACGAAGGAACGGCCGAAAAGACAACAGCGCAAGUCACAGCGCGCUGAACUGAUAUCGCAAGAAAGCCCAAGACGCCAACGCCGUGAAUCGGUGGGUCCUGAAAAGGCCACGGAAGAGCAGCCGAAGAGACAACGGCGACGUUCAGCUUGUGCUGAUAAAGUCACUGAGGAGCAGCCAAAGAGACAACGGCGACGCUCAGCUUGCGCUGAGAAAUCCCUUGAACAGCAACCGAAGAGACCACGCCGGGGCUCGACUUGCGCUGAGAAAGCCCUUGAAGAGCAACCGAAGAGAUCACGCCGGGGCUCGACUUGCGCUGAGAAAGCCCUUGAGGAGCAACCGAAGAGAUCACGCCGGGGCUCGACUUGCGCUGAGAAAGCCCUUGAGGAGCAACAAAAGAGACCACGCCGGGGCUCGACUUGCGCUGAGAAAGCCCUUGAGGAGCAACAGAAGAGACCACGCCGCGGCUCGACUUGCGCUGAGAAAGCCCUUGAGGAGCAACCGAAGAGAUCACGCCGGGGCUCGACUUGCGCUGAGAAAGCCCCUGAGGAGCAACAGAAGAGACCACGCCGGGGCUCGACUUGCGCUGAGAAAGCCCUUGAGGAGCAACCGAAGAGAUUACGCCGCGGCUCGACGUCGUAUACAGAAAAAGCCACCGAUAGGUUGCCGAAAAGACAAAGGCGCGAUUCAGUGUAUCAUGAUGUGGCUAUACAGGACGAAACGACCCUAGAGAAGGACAACUCAAUGAGCAUAAAACAAUCCACGGCUGGUCUGCCGAGAAGACAGCGGCGCUACUCGGUGUACCCUGAUGUGGCUACACGCGACGAAGCGAAUAUUGAGGAGGACAAUUCAAUGAGCGUUAAACAGUCCACGGCUGGUGUGCCGAGAAGAAAGCGGCGCGACUCGGUGUACCCUGAUGUGGCUACACGCGACGGAGCGAAUCUUGAGGAGGACAAUUCAAUGAGCGUUAAAAAGUCCAUGGCUGGUGUGCCAAGAAAGCGGCGCGACUCGGUGUACCCUGAUGUGGCUACACGCGACGAAGCGAAUCUUGAGAAGGACAACUCAAUGAGCGUUAAACAGUCCAUGGCUGGUGUGCCGAGAAAACAGCGGCGCGACUCGGUGUACCCUGAUGAGGCUGCACAAGACGAAGCGAGUCUGGAGGAAGACAACGAGACGAGCGUUAAACAAGCCACGGCAGGUCAGCCGCGAAGGCAGCGGCGCGACUCGGUGUACCCUGAUGAGGCUACACGUGACGAAGCGAGUCUUGAGGAGGACAACUCAAUGAGCGUUAAAGAGUCCACUUCUGGUGUGCCGAGAAAACAGCGGCGCGACUCGGUGUACCCUGAUGAGGCUGCACAAGACGAAGCGAGUCUAGACGAGGAUAAUUCAAUGAGCAUUAAACAGCCCAUGGCUGGUGUGCCGAGAAAACAGCGGCGCGACUCGGUGUACCCUGAUGAGGCUGCACAAGACGAAGCGAGUCUUGAGGAGGACAACUCAAUGAGUGUUAAACAGUCCACGGCUGGUGUGCCGACAAAACAGCGGCGCGACUCGGUGUACCCUGAUGAGGCUGCACAAGACGAAGCGAGUCUGGACGAGGACAAUUCAAUGAGCGUUAAACAGUCCAUGGCUGGUGUGCCGAGAAAACAGCGGCGCGACUCGGUGUACCCUGAUGAGGCUGCACAAGACGAAGCGAGUCUAGACGAGGAUAAUUCAAUGAGCAUUAAACAGUCCAUGGCUGGUGUGCCGAGAAAACAGCGGCGCGACUCGGUGUACCCUGAUGAGGCUGCACAAGACGAAGCGAGUCUUGAGGAGGACAACUCAAUGAGUGUUAAACAGUCCACGGCUGGUGUGCCGACAAAACAGCAGCGCGACUCGGUGUACCCUGAUGAGGCUGCACAAGACGAAGCGAGUCUGGAGGAGGACAACUCGACGAGCGUUAAACAAGCCACGGCAGGUCUGCCGAGAAGGCAGCGGCGCGACUCGGUGUACCCUGAUGAGGCUACUCGUGACGAAGCGAGUCUUGAGGAGGACAACUCAUUGAGCGUUAAACAGUCCACUUCUGGUGUGCCGAGAAAACAGCGGCGCGACUCGGUGUACCCUGAUGAGGCUGCACAAGACGAAGCGAGUCUCGAGGAGGACAACUCGACGAGCGUUAAACAAGCCACGGCAGGUCUGCCGAGAAGGCAGCGGUGCGACUUGGUAUACCCUGAUGAGACUGCACAAGACGAAGCGAGUCUCGAGGAGGACAACUCGACGAGCGUUAAACAAGCCAUGGCUGGUGUGCCGAGAAAACAGCGGCGCGACUCGGUAUACGCUGAUGAGGCUGCACAAGACGAAGCGAGUCUGGAGGAGGACAACUCGACGAGCGUUAAACAAGCCACGGCUGGUCUGCCGAGAAAGCAGCGGUGCGACUCGGUGUACCCUGAUGAGGCUGCACAAGACGAAGCGAGUCUGGACGAGGACAAUUCAAUGAGCGUUAAACUGUCCAUGGCUGGUGUGCCGAGAAAACAGCGGCGCGACUCGGUGUACCCUGAUGAGGCUGCACAAGACGAAGCGAGUCUGGAGGAAGACAACGAGACGAGCGUUAAACAAGCCACGGCAGGUCAGCCGCGAAGGCAGCGGUGCGACUCGGUGUACCCUGAUGAGGCUACACGUGACGAAGCGAGUCUUGAGGAGGACAACUCAAUGAGCGUUAAAGAGUCCACUUCUGGUGUGCCGAGAAAACAGCGGGGCGACUCUGUGUACCCUGAUGAGGCUGCACAAGACGAAGCGAGUCUAGACGAGGAUAAUUCAAUGAGCAUUAAACAGUCCAUGGCUGGUGUGCCUAGAAAACAGCGGCGCGACUCGGUGUACCCUGAUGAGGCUGCACAAGACGAAGCGGGUCUUGAGGAGGACAACUCAAUGAGUGUUAAACAGUCCACGGCUGGUGUGCCGACAAAACAGCGGCGCGACUCGGUGUACCCUGAUGAGGCUGCACAAGACGAAGCGAGUCUGGACGAGGACAAUUCAAUGAGCGUUAAACAGUCCAUGGCUGGUGUGCCGAGAAAACAGCGGCGUGACUCGGUGUACCCUGAUGAGGCUGCACAAGACGAAGCGAGUCUUGAGGAGGACAACUCAAUAAGUGUUAAACAGUCCACGGCUGGUGUGCCGACAAAACAGCGGCGCGACUCGGUGUACCCUGAUGAGGCUGCACAAGACGAAGCGAGUCUGGAGGAGGACAACUCGACGAGCGUUAAACAAGCCACGGCAGGUCUGCCGAGAAGGCAGCGGCGCGACUCGGUGUACCCUGAUGAGGCUACUCGUGACGAAGCGAGUCUUGAGGAGGACAACUCAUUGAGCGUUAAACAAUCCACUUCUGGUGUGCCGAGAAAACAGCGGCGCGACUCGGUGUACCCUGAUGAGGCUGCACAAGACGAAGCGAGUCUAGACGAGGACAACUCGACGAGCGUUAAACAAGCCAUGGCAGGUCUGCCGAGAUGGCAGUGGUGCGACUCGGUGUACCCUGAUGAGGCUGCACAAGACGAAGCGAGUCUGGACGAGGACAAUUCAAUGAAUGUACCCAAACGAGAUGAAUGCAACACCGGGUCCGAGGAAAUGCUCAUGACUGAGCAAUUAGCACAACAAAGCUUUGAGUCAGAAAAUAGCAGUGAGGUUGAAGACGUGAAAGUCAAAAUCGAUGAUCCUGACGAGAUUAGUGUGUCUCCCGAGAGAGUUCAGAUGACAACACAGACUACUCAAAGUGACCAAAACGAAACUCUUCUACGCGAAAAACCAGAAGCGACGAGCGGCGAGGAACACAACCAACAAGUAGAAGCAGAAGUGGGUCAAUCAAUCAAAGAAGAGCAGACUGAGGAUGAAGCUACGAUACGUCGUGAUAUAUACAACCUGUUGCGUAAAAUGCCGCCGCCAAAACUCGCCCGUAUCCCAUUACAUGCUGUAUUCAGGCCGCCAGACGGAUUCAGCCCGGCUCUGGUAUUCGGUCCACCUGAAAUCCCAGAAGAUUCAUUGAGGCCAACAGAGACAAUCAAGCCGGAAGAAACAGAUACGUCACGCGAGCCAGUAGCAACACCCACCUCGUCGCCGUCUAACUUCACUUUAAGGUUUGACGAUACACCUGAUCCUACUUCUUCGGAGGCAGAAGCCCGCUUGAUGGCUGAAGUGGAUGCACAGGCGAAAGCACUGGAGAAAGAGCAGGACGCUAAAGAUAACGGGAGCAAUGACCAAGACAAGGGCCACUCGUCAUCGACCGACCCUCACGCAACCAGCGGAUUCCCCAGUAGUGCUGAUAGUGCACAAAUUGUCGAAGCCCCCGUGUUCCGACCCACAAAAGAAGAAUUCGAUGAUCCUCUGGAAUAUUUCGAAAAAAUACUAUCUAUUGCCUUUAAAUAUGGCAUAUGCAAGGUUAUUCCACCAGAGGGCUGGAAACCCAAAUGUAAGAUCAAUGAGGAGAUUCGUUUUGACGUCAGUAACCAGUAUAUAUCCCGGCUGUACUGUCGCUGGGGCCCAGCGUCAAGAGAGUUGAGCGCUCUCAAGCUAUGCCUGCAGCUACAAAACGUGAACGUCACUCGCCCACCAUUGGUCGACGGAGUUGAAGUGAACCUACCGAAGUUGUACCAUCUCGUCCAAAGGCACGGUGGUCUCGAGAAUGUGAUAAACAAGAAGCGUUGGGGCAAAGUAGCCGAAGAAAUGAAGUUAAACAAGACUGCGGCUAUUGAAAGGAAACUCGAUCACAUUUACGUGAAGUAUCUGCUGCCCUACGCGACGCUUGAUCAUCAGGAAAGGCAAGAGAUAAUGAAGAAGGUAGAAGUGGCUUGGUCUCACAAGAACCAGAAGUUACACGACAGAGCUCUGAACCCGCUGCACCGUCAGAAGCAGUUGCUCGGCGAGUCCGAGUCAUCGGAUGGUGAAACUGAAGACGAGGGCACUGCUGACGCUCUCGCCGACGCCGAGGACUGCGUCGUGUCUGGACAGUGCAUGAACUUCUCCAAGUUUAAGAAGGUCGCUACGAACGCAUAUGAGACCUACAUCGGCCCCGAACGUCCAGGCGCCGAGUCACCGUCCGUCGAGUCAAUUGAAGAUCGCUAUUGGCGCAUAGUAGUCAUGGGCACUGAACAUUUGUGCGUGAACACGGCGGCUAUAGACACGGGCGAAGAGGGACACGGCUUUACCAAGAACAGGAAUGAGGCGUACGGGCGACAUCCGUGGAAUCUUAAAAUGUUCAGCCAAAACCGCAACAACAUGCUGUGGUAUUUAGGCCCUGUGCUGGGCAUGACAGUCCCGACUCUACACUUGGCAAUGGUAUUCUCAACCAGUUGCUGGCAUAAAGACCCGCACGCUUUACCUUGGACAGAGUACAUGCACCGAGGAAAGGAAAGGAUUUGGUACGGAAUACCGGACGAUCAGUCCGAUAACUUCAGAAAAGCAGUAGAAACGCUCGCGCCGACGUCUUGCCAAAACAAAUCGUUGUGGCUACCGACAGACAUAGCGAUGAUCCCGCCUCAGAUACUACGCGAACAUAACGUGUCUCUAGCUCGCACCGUUCAGAACCCCGGCGAGUUCGUCAUAGUCUUCCCCAAGGCCUACUCUUGUUCCAUUAGUACUGGGUACACCGAAUCUGAGAGUGUGUACUUCGCCCCCCGCUCGUGGGUUCAAUACCUCGCUCAAGUCAUUCAGGAGACCCGUGAGAGCUGUGAACCCACGAUGUUCUCUUUAGAAGAACUUCUCAUCUUGAUGUGUCAGGAUCAAAAAACUGACAUUGAAGUGCUCAAAAUUGUCAAACCUACUUUAGAAAAAAUUAUCGACGACGAGCUCUCCUAUCGCAGGCAGCUUGCUGCUAAGGGAUUGAAAUUUACGGACGAGGACCAUGCUACGCCGUCCACUUCCAAGGGUAAAGGUAGACGCCCCGCGACACCGUACAACGUUCGUGAUCAAGACGAGUGUGAAUAUUGCAGAGCCACGAUCUACCUCUCAAAGGUGCGUGGCCUUACCGAGAGGAGGUCUUCUGUGUGCUUAGAGCACGCUCUCCUGCUGCUCAACUCGAGCAAAUACAAGGACGUGAAUUUAGAAGAACUUGAAGUGCUGAUUUACGUGAAGGACAAACAGCUACGUGAAGUCGUCGAAAGUGUCAACAGCCGCGUCCGCGACACGCCGUCGAGUUCGUCUUCGGAGUCAGACAAUGAGUGCAGCUUCCCAUAAAGUGAGUGAAGUCCCCCUUAAUCUUAGCAUGCAGGCCGCACACCAGCCACCCGUCUACAACCGCACCGACGACGACGAGAACGUCAACGUACAGAU